UGUUUUAACGCUUUUUUAUUUAGAGAUUCAGUCGCCAUCAUGGGUGUCAGCUGGUCAUCAGGGCGCCCUGAGGAGCCCUCAUCCUCAGCUACCGAUCUAGAACAGGCCCCCGAUCCGCCCAGCCAGCCCAAAUACCCUCGCUGUUACGGGGACGUGGUCCCUUCGGUCUGUGGCAACCGCAAUGAGGACUUUUACGACGAGCUGUAUGAACAGAUCUACUUUGUGCAGCAUGUCAAUCAAGACUGCAUCGUGGCCUUUCAACUAUGCGAGAAAGAUAAUCCCCGUGUCGAUCCCGAGGAGUGGUUUAUCGUUGCAGAGCGAAUCCCCCGAGUGUAUGAACACCUUGCACACAGCAUCAAUAUCCCGAAUGUGGAUAUAGAAAAACCGAUUGAUAUUCACCCCCGCAUUGCCAAUACGAGCACGAUAUGGAUCCGUGACGAUCUCUCGAUUGCGCUAUCAGGAUUUGUGAACGCAACCAUCCCGACAAACGAAUGCCCCUACUCCCCCUACGAAUUGAGAUACGAGCCAGAGAUCUACUACUCAACCGAUCUCAGAGGGCAGCCAGAGCUCACUCCGAAGAUCGAUCUCUCGGAUUGGGCGACCUUUGUCUGGCAAUUGAUGCGACAGGAUGCGUCCUUUCAUAAAGCAAAGAGGUUUGCAAUGCCUACCGAUCCACUGGAUCCGGAGGAGGUGUCCGAGGAGGAGAAUCCAUGGGAGCGCCAUCAGCAACGGGUGAAAGAGGGCAAGCUACAGCGUUUAGAAGAUGAACGCUUGGGUCCGAUCCUGAUUAAGGCCUGGAAGGGGGAAUAUGAAAAUGCUGGGGAGAUCAUGCAAGAGGUACGAUCUUAUCUCCAGCAGAUUGGGGUUCGGAUGGAUGGAGAGGAUGAGGUCCUUCUGGAUGAUGGACGAAAGUGGGACGAUGUAUUCACGGUGGUCCAGACAGAUGGCAUCCGC